AUGGCCUCCACCUCCCGCGAGCCGCGGGACACCGACGUCUGCGACGAGGCCGUGAGGGGGACCUGCGACGACGCCUCCCUCUGCAAGCGGUACGCUGUAAGCAUCGGCUACUGGAAAGAUCCGUACAUUGAGUAUUUUGUGAGACAACCGAAAGAGAGGAAGGCGCCUGAAAUCAGCCGAGGGUACUAUGCCCGGGUCCAGGGCGUCGGUCAACUGCUGAUGGCUUUCUUAAAGAAGACGGAAUGCAACUGCCAAAUUAUAAACCUUGGUGCUGGCCUGGACACCUUGUUCUGGAAGCUGAAGGAUGAGAAUAUGCUUCCCAAAAAGUAUUUUGAAGUUGACUUCCCAUCUAUAGCAGCAAGGAAAAUCCACAACAUCAAAUCAAAACCUCCCCUGUCAAAACCAAUUAUGGAAAGCCAUUCAGGGGAGUCUCUCCUAAUAGACGCUCACAGUCUGGACUCCAGCCGAUACGCCAUAAUCGCUGCGGAUCUUCGAGAAUUGCCAAAACUGGAGGAGAACCUGAGGAAAUGCAACAUGGACCCCCACUUGCCAACUCUCCUGAUGGCGGAAUGCGUCCUGAUCUACAUGACCCCAGAGCAUUCUUCGGGCCUGCUCAGGUGGGCCUCCAGCACCUUCCUGGCCACCAUGUUCAUAAAUUAUGAGCAGGUGAACAUGGAUGAUCGCUUUGGCCAGAUCAUGAUUGAGAACUUACAGAGCCGGCAGUGUAACCUGGUUGGCGUGGAGGACUGCAGGACUCUGGAGAGCCAGAGAGCGCGGUUCCUGGCCAACGGCUGGGAAAUGGCCAGUGCCAUGGACAUGAUGAAAGUCUACAGCUGUUUGCCACCAGAUGAUGUCAAGAGGAUUGAGGCCCUGGAGUUCCUGGACGAGAAGGAGCUGCUGGAGCAGCUGAUGCAGCACUAUUGCCUCUGCUGGGCUACCAAGGACGCCUGCGGUCUAGGUCUGGCAAACAUAGGGCUGUAG